AUGGUGUAUCUACUCGCCAGGAGUGUUGUCCUCUGUCUAUUGCUGGAUCAACGCGGCCAACCCGCUGUUGUGCGGGAGUUUGUGCGUGAGGAGUGGAACUUACUGCAGGAAGUCCUACUGCCAUCGGAACUUCAACACAUACUGUGGCUAUGGCGUCGAUUGGCAAAUGAAGUGGAAAUGAAAGAACAACAACAACAACAAUCGCUUACGAAUAAUAAUAAUAAUAAUAAUAAUAAUAAUAAUAAUAAUAAUAAUAAUAAUAAUACCACUACGACUACUACUACAACAACAACUACUACUACCACUAAUAACAAUAAUAACACUAAUAAUAUUAAUAAUAAUACGACUACGACUACUACUACCACUACCACUACUACUACUAAUAAUAACAAUAAUAAUAAUAAUGAGGCUAAUAAUGGUGGAAGGGGGAAUGGAAGUGAUGAUGACGAUGUGGACAGCAUGUCUCUCCCCCGCAAGCCGCUCACGGAUGCUGUGGCCCAACUCACCGUACGCGAUGUUGUGCAGUAUCUCAGAGAUAAAGAAUACUACUCCACCCAUACACACUCUGCAGAGAGUAAUAGUAGUAGUGGUAGUAGUGAUGAUAGGAGUUUGAAUAGGAAUAUGUACAUGAUGGGUGAAGAGAAAAGAUUCCAGUGUAUAACGGCAGAGCAGUUGUGGGUAAUGAAGCGUCUGGCCAUACUUGUACGUCGUGCAGUGGCUCUGCAAGUCCAACAUGUGCUCCCAUCGCCUAAUACUAAGAAUAAUAAGAAUAAUAACAUGGAUGAGGAAGAAGAAGAUGAUAAUAAUAAUAAUAUUGUGUUUGACCAGCAGGUAUUCCAGCAUGAGUGUAGUGUACUUGUGCCACUUCGUGUGUGUCGUCAGGUCUCCGGUCUCUCACUACGUCAAGUGGUGGCAUUGUGCACAUCAGAAGAUAAACGCUUGUCAAGAAGAACAACAACAACAAAAGAAGAAGAAGAAGGAGAAGGAGUGAAGAAGGAAGAGAAGAAACGUGUUGGUUGUAAAAACUCUACACUUGCGCUUAUUAUAAACCCUGCGGUGCCGACCAGAAAUAAUCCACAACGCAUUGAAAAGAACAGACGACUUGAUAAGAUUCAACACACUGUGCUAUCACAAUGCUAUGAGAACAUGACACGUACUGGUAGAGGUGGUAGGAGUAGUCAUCAUAAUAUUAAUAACAGUAAUAAUAAUAAUAAUAAUACACUCCCUCUUUUCUCCUCUUAUCGGCAACAGCAACAAGAACGAGAGGCUGCAGCGGAGUCCUUUGCAAGUUUUCUCCGUGAUGUUUCUAUUGGGUUUGAUAUGCAACUCAUGGUACUCUCUGGUGGAGUUGUGGGAUAUUAUUUGGCCCAUCUACACGGAAUGCCCACAGGGAUGUGUAUUGUGUUUGCGGUUGUGGGUCUUAUCGGGAUGUUAUUUGUCGAUGGUAUUCUCUUUCUCCUGCGGAUGGGGAAAGUGGAUGCGCAGACACGGAAAGAGAAGGAGAAAUUCUGGAAACUAUACAUCGGUAGAAGAGAACGACGAGAAGAAGAGAAAAAAGAAGAAGAGGAAGAAGAAAAAGAGAAACAAGAAAAAAAGGAACAAGAAGAAAAGGUACUGCGGCAACUGAGAAAAAUCCGCAACGCAAAUGAGAAAAAGAGUGAUAAUGAUAAUAAUGAUAAUAAUAAGGAUGAUGAGGCUGGUAAUGAUAAUAACAAUGAUAAUAUGGAUUUGUAUGCAAAGAAGAAUUCUUAA